UAAUAAUUCAAUUCAAAACCCUUUCCUUCUCUUUCAUUGGUUAAACCUCACUCAGUACUUGCUCACUCCUUCAAACCCAAAUUCUGCAACAAUCAUCGAAAAACCAGAGAAAGAAACACAGAGAAUGGAUUCUGAGAAGCGAGCGAAAGGCGAGGAAGAUGAAGGUGAAAUCCCAGUGCUGACUGUGCUCAAGAACAACACAAUCCUCAAGAACAUCUUCAUCGUCAACAAGCCGCCGGAGGAGCCAGAUAAGGCGUCACGAGGAGAGCACGUGGAUGUUCUCCUCGUGGGACGCCACCCCGACUGCGACCUCAUGCUCACGCACCCCAGCAUCAGCCGCUUCCACCUUCAGAUCCGCUCCAAGCCAUCCUCACGCGCCUUCUCCGUUGUCGAUUUGUCUUCCGUGCACGGGACGUGGGUGUCGGGAAAGAGGAUCGAGCCGAUGGUGAGUGUGGAGAUGUGGGAGGGGGACGUGCUCAGGAUUGGGGUUUCCAGUAGGGUUUACCGUCUGCAUUGGAUUCCGAUUAGUCGAGCCUAUGAUUUGGAAAACCCGUUUGUUGCGCAAUUGGAUGUGGUUGCCGAAGAAGAAGAAGAUGAGGAGGAGGAGGAGGAUGAAGAGAAAAUGCAGAAGUUGAAUGGCUGUUCUGCUGAAAUGGAAGUGGAUUCAAUUGUUGAGGAUAUAAGUUCUUUAUUCCUUGAUGAGAAUGUAAAACUAACUGUGGAAGAGGAGAUUCACUUGGCACCUUGGAUUCUGGAAGAAGAGAAGAGCCCAUCGCAAGAGGAAGCAAUUGGAAUCCAAAUAUCUGAUGGUGAAAAAAGUUUGGGUGACUCUGUAAGUCAGGUUCUAUCACCACCUUAUGUGGGAUCACUUGUCCGAGGUCAUGACAUACUGACAGAAAAUUUGUCUGAGACUUUAUGUUUGCCACCUCUGGAAGCUUUUUUGGAGACCAAAAUGUUGCAUUUCCAUACUCCACUUGAUACACUUUCCUCCCCAUUACCACCUGGUCAUGAAAAUUCGUUUGAAAAGCUUCAUUUCAACUUGCCUAAAGAAGCUGAAUGUGAAUAUGAAUGUACAGACAGAGAUGAUGAACGUGUUGUAGAUGCCUUUACAGUUCCUGCGCCUCUUGAUGAGGAAAGUUUAGCCGAAGAUGUAAUACUGCCUAUGGAAUCUGAAUCCGAAUGUGCCCUCAAAGAUGAUGGAAGCACGUCAGAUGAUUUUACUGCUGGAGUUGGAAAUAUGGAUUCUGUGGAUAUGUUGCUUCCAGUCAAGGAAGCUGUGCUAGGAACCCUCGUUGAGCAGAUUAAAAUUGUUGACAUAGUUGCUAUUGAUUCCUCAUCUGACGUAGAAAAGCAAGACAUGUAUAGAUCACAGUCACAGCUGCGGAAGGAUAAAUUUUGUCAUGACAGUGGGCACUUACUCAAUGAAAUAACUCAAGACGUUAGAAACAAGUGCACAGAUAGCAUCUCCCUCAUAUCAGGUCAGAUAGAGUCAGUCAAUUUAUCAAUGACACAAGAAUUAGUUUUCAAUAUUAUGAAUAAGGAUCAGACCCUGCAGUCUGAUAUGGAAAUCCUUGAAAGCUGUGUAAAAGCAGAGGAGAAAACUUCAGCAAAUCAUAAUAUUUGGUCAAGAAGAGGUAGAUCUAAUAGAGCUCCUCAGGUUCGAACUAGCAAGAGCACAGUUAAGAAUGCAGCCAACGUUGACGCUGAAGUUGCAAUGAGCAAGGAGAAGGAUAUCAGAAAGAGAACAAUCACAAAGAAUCUUUUCUCUGUACAGGAUGGGGAGGUAGAGGAAGAAGAAAUCUUCACUCCAGAUAAAGAAAAUUUUAGUCCAAAUACCCUCCAGAAACGAUUAUUGAAAAAGGAUAAAGUAGAAGAAAUUAAACAUUCAAGGUCACAAAGGUCACGACCCUUUUCAAAGCAUCGAAGUGAAAGCACCGCUUUAAGCAAAAUGAACCAGAAGGAUAUCAUAAACAAAACAAUUUCAAAGGAUCUUUUCUCUGUUUCGGAUGGGGAGAAAGAGGAAGAAUUCUUCGCUCCAGAUAAGGAAAACAUAAGUCCAAAUACCCUUCAAUUGAAGCUUCUGAAAAAUAAGGGUAAGGUAGAAGAAAUUAAACGUUCCAAGUCAAAAAUGUCACCUCUUUCAAAGGGUAUAUUUAAUCCUGACAUAUAUCCAAAUGAAAGCACAGGCCCCACUUUAUGCAAAACGAACCAGACAGAUGUAAAAAAUAGUACAAUGUCAGACGAUUUCAUCUCUGACUUUGACGGGGAAGAAGAGGAAGAAGAAAUCUUCACCCCUAAUAAGGAAAACUUCAGUCCAAAUACCCUUCAGUUGAGGCUCCUGAAAAAUAAGGGUAAGGUAGAAGAAAUUGAAUGUUUCAAGCCUCAAAAGUCACCCCUUUCAAAGGGUACGUUUAAUCUUGACGUUUAUCCAAAUGAAAUCAUAGGUUCCGCUUGUGGUAAACUGAAACAGAUUGAUACAAUAAAUAGCUCAAUCUCAAAGGGUCAUUUCUCUGAUUUGGCAUGGGAAGAAGAGGACGAAGAAAUCUUCACUCCAGAUAAGGAAAACUUCAGUCCAAAUGCCUAUCAAUUGCGGCUUCUGACAAAGAAGGGUAAGGUGGCAGAAAUUAAACAUUCCAAGUCUCCGUGGAAAGACAAUCAAAAGUUGCAAAGAAAUCCUUUUUGCAGCCAAAUCAACUUGGCACAGGAGCAACAUCUUGUGACAUCAGAGGACAGAGUGGAAAGGGUACCUUUCCAAUCACUAAAUAGCUCAGCAGACAAGGGAAAAUCAAACACUUUUUACCCUGUUUCUGCAGCCAAAAGCUUUCAUUUCAGUAAUUGUGGACAAAUUUUAGACCAGCACAUUAACCACCCUUCUGAUAUUAGUGGGGUGCCAAAGAAGACUAGCUGGGACAUGAUUGUGGAUACCAGUUGUCUUGUGAACAAGGAAUCAAGGAAAGCUCUGCAGCUUUUACAAGGUCUCAAGGGGACUAGGUUAAUCAUUCCAAGAUUGGUGAUAAGGGAACUGGACCGUAUGAUGCGACAGUUCAAAAUCUUCAGAAGAACUUCAGAGGCUUCCUUGGCAUUGGAAUGGAUUGAAGAAUGUAUAGUGAAGACAAACUGGUGGAUUAAAAUCCAGAGCUCAGCAGAUGAAGGAAGGUUAAUAGCUCCAACCCCACCUGCUUCUCCCCAGUCUCAGUUUAGUGAAGACAGUGGAACUUCUCUUUCAUACCAGAAAUGCAUGGAAAUUGUUUCACCAACUGUAGAAGACCACAUCCUUGACUUUGCUCUUCUAUAUAGAAGAAACCAAAAUGAUGGACAACUUGUCCUACUCAGUGAGGAUAGCCCUUUGAAAAUCAAAUGCAUGGCAGAGGGUUUGCUUUGUGAGCCAGUGCAGGAGUUUCGUGAGAGUCUAGUGAAUCCAUUCUCUGAGAGGUUCUUGUGGACCAAUAGCUCUCCUCGAGGACAGACUUGGUCUUGCAAGGACGACGUGGUUUUAAGAGAGAAAUACUGUCGUGUUCCUUUCUGCAAAUCAUUAAAGACAACUGCAAGCGGUUUAAAGCUCAUUCUGCUUCACAAUUCCAAGUAUGGGCUCUGAGCCACUGACAACAGUUCAGUUGAUCCUGCUGAACGAAGAGUCUUGGAAUUUUUUUCUUCUUAUUCAGCUUGGUAGAAAGCAAUGACUUGGUAUCACUUUCAUAUAAACUGAUGUAAAAUGGGUAUAUCAAAUAAGAUUUCAUAAA